AUGGACUCAUUUCCUGGUAGAUCGAAAGAGUCCCUGUACUGGCAUGAAGUCAUGCUCCCCAGGGGCCCUAGUGUUCUUGGUUCUCUCAACGGCUCACAAAGCAGCACGAGAUCUCUACCCGCAGCACCGUUCAAAGUAUUAGACGCUCCUAAUCUGCGAGACGACUUUUACUGCUCAGUUCUUGCGUAUUCAUACAGUUGUCAAACCCUUGCUAUAGGCCUGGGAAACAUCAUAUACACAUGGUCAGACAAGGAAGGGGUUCGUUCCGUCAAUGGCUCUCAGCAAGAUGCAACUUGGCUCACAUCAAUAUCAUUUUCCUCCGUGGAGAGCAAAAUGAGCCUAUUUGCAGCCGGAAGAUCAGACGGCACAUUCAUCGUAAUGUCACUCUUGGAAACAUCACCCCGGUUCGAAAUCCAACAGUCGUAUUCAGUUGCUUGUCUUAGUUGGCGCCCUUGCUCAGCAUUGCGAUUUUCAAGCAACCCCCUCAACCCAAAUACUCUGGUAGCCACAGAAGACCUUGUUGUUGGGGAUGAAUGCGGAGACUUGUAUUAUUACUUGGUUGAGUGGCCAAUGAUAUCGGAAAACACAAGUGAACAUUGGCCUGGGUCUAUUUCGCUGGUAGCCCGAAUUUCGAUACACAGCCAGCAAAUUUGCGGCCUGGCAUGGUCACCAAAUGGAGACUUGUUCGCUUCAGGGGCCAAUGAUAACUUGUGUUCUCUUCUCAAUGUGAACGAAAUUCUAGCACCUCAAUAUCUUGGAUUGCGACGAGAUAACCACGGUGCGUACAGUCCGUACCUGGGCAACUUAGUCGACACGUCGACCCAGGCGACGUUGACUCCCAACGAGACACGAUCCUACGAUAGCUGGGACAAUGGCCAAGGUUCUUCUAGCGCAGUUGCUGGAGUUUCCCCCGGCAUGAUUAGACUGUCACAAACCAAUGUUCGAAACCUUGCCUCCGGAUGUCAGAGUCAAGUUUGGACUCAUCAGGCAGCUGUCAAGGCCAUUGCGUUCUGUCCGUGGCUUCACGGACUUGUGGCUACGGGUGGCGGGUCGAAUGACAAGUGUAUACAUUUCUUCCACACGGUUUCUGGAUCGUCGCUUGCCACCAUUUCCGUCGCUGCUCAGGUUACAUCUCUGAUUUGGUCGAAUACAAAACGAGAAAUAGCCGCCACAUUCGGUUAUGCCCAUCCGGAGCAUCCAUACAGGAUUGCAGUGUUUAGCUGGCCUAACUGUUCGCAGAUUGCAGCCAUCCCCUGGGAAGAUGAUCUACGCGCCCUCCAUGCAGUUCCCUACCCCUGCAUUCUGAAAGAAUCGAAGGGAUCUGAUGACAACGCGAGCGCUGUUAAUGAGUGUAUCGUCGUGGCAGCCAGCGAUAAAACCGUUAAGUUCCAUGAAGUCUGGUCAACAGAAGGGAGUAGAGUAGUGACCAGAUCUAGAAUGUUUGGUGGCAGCGAUAUUCUCGAAGACCUGCAAGGAAUCAUAAAGGAGGGCGAUGUGAUUCGCUGA